GCAGCCGCGGCCAGCGGGAGCAGGAGCGCAGGGGGGCGGUGCCGGAGCGCGCACCCUCAGGCGGCGAGCCCGCCGGGCUCGGCCCCGAGCCGUCGGUGGAGAGGUCCCCGCUCUUCUCGGCGGCCCCCUCGCCGCCGGAGGAGGCCGCGGCCCGACAGGACGCCGGCGCGCCCGUGCCAGCGGAGGGCGGGCCGGCGCCGCCGCAGCGGCCUCUGAGCAGGAGGCACGAGGCGGGCAUGCUGGUGUCGGACAUUACCACCAUGGUGCUCAGCAACGAAGGCACGUUCGACCCCCACCUGGUGGCGGUCGGGCGCGGCGCGCUGUCUCUGGCCGACCCGGACGGCGGCGGGCGCUCCAUGGCGGCGCGCCUGGGGCUCGGCGGCGGCCGCCAGCAGGCCUUCGACCUCUCCCUGCUGGAGGGCGCCUUUCGCGGCCAGCAGAUCAUGUGCUCGCCCGCCGUGCCAGUGCUGCCCGCCUUCGCCACGCGCAGUCCUGGCUCGCUGGAGCGCAUGCUGGUGCUCACCUUCGACGCGGAGGGGGAGAGCGAGCUGCUCUGCCUCUGGUUCAGGACUGCAGAGGACUCCGCGCUGGUUGCGCAGGCGGUGCACGAGGAGGCGAUGAGGUGCCUGGGUCAGUGAGGCUGGCGGGCACGCGACUGAGUGGCGAGACGGAG